ACGAUCGAAUAUGGAACAUCAUCGAUUACUUGAAUUAUUGCUCAAUACUUUUGGCAUCAUUGGCAUACAAUUACGACCAUUAAAAUUGAAUAAUUCAAUUAACAUAUUGAAUUGGUCAAUAAAUCUGGUGAUCAAUUUGGCCACAUUAUAUGUAUUGAAUGAUCAAAAACCAUUCAAUGGUCGAUUAACAAGAUUAAAAUCAUCCGAUCAAUAUCUAAUGUAUUAUUUCAUUAAAUCGUGUGGUUUAUUUAUAUUUCCAGGAAUUUGUCUUUAUUAUGUUAUCACUUAUUUGAUUUAUGGACAUCGAUUAUUUCGUCAUUUACAAUCAUCCACAUUUGCAUCGAUUCAAAUUUCAUUGCAAGAUAUGAUUCUGAUUUUUAUGGCUCCAUUUAUGAUUCCAACAGUUUUUAUUUGGCUACGAAGUUUUCUAUUAUUCGAUUCAUACAAUUUACCAACAUUUUUUGCAAUUCAAAUGAUCGUAUUGUAUCGUUCAAUUACAUGGAUUUUGUUGUAUUUCAUACAAUUGGCUAAUUUUCGUGUUUUGGAACAAAUCCGUCAACGAUAUCUAGAUGAUGAUAUUGAAAAACAAGCCAUUGAAUUGUCUAAUAAAAGAAAAUGUCAAAGUUUAUGUGUGCGGCAAACGUCACGUUGUAAAAUAUCGGCUUCAUUUGAAAAAUUUGGUAAAAUAAAUGAACAACAACCACGAACACGUCAUACAUUGAAAAAUCAAUCAUCAAUCAUAAAAUGUCGUGAUCUUUUUGAAGAAAUGAAAAAUCUUGCUGAAUUGAAUAAUCGACUGCAACCGAUUUGUUCGAUAUUGUUAACCAUUCAUAUGGUAUAUACAUCUACCGUUGUAACAAUAACAUUAAACGAUGUGGCAAUGGCUGAUUUUCCAUUAAAUCUUUACUAUUUUUCCGAUAUCAUCCAACAAAUGAUAUUUUGGUUUGGUCUUUCAACAAUGAAUCGUAAAGUUUUACAAAAUUUCAAUCGAAUCGAAGGAUUUAUGUUGAGAAAAUUACGUAAAGUUCGUCCAAAUCAAACAUUACCAUCGACAACAAUGACAACAAGUACGAAUUCAUCACCAUUGAAAUGUUCAAAAGUUUUGAAAUUCAAAGAGAUGAACAUUUAUCAACAAUCAUUUCAUCUUCUUUUGUUUGAUGUUUUGCAUAUCGAUUUGAAAUUCAUAUUGGAUUGGAUUUGUUUCAUUGCCAGUUAUGCAACAUUGAUUCAUCAAACUCGUGGAAUGAAAAUUCAAAUGGAAAAUUAAAAAUAUUUCCAAUUGUUGCGCCAUCUAUUGAAUGGUCAUGAGAACCUACUUUUCAAAAUGCCGACAUUUUUCUUCAAACAUAUACUCACCUAUAUACUUUUAAGUUUAGUAGUAGUAGCAAACAAAUAUAAAUUCCAUCAGACAUUCGUUAAUUUAGUAGAUACGUAAUAACAUUCUGACCACAACUGAAUAAAAGUAUUAAAUAAAGUUGAAUUCGUCGCCAGAACAUAGAAAACAAAAUCAAUUGUGACUGUUACCGUUUUUGAAAAGGGCGUAAAUCAUCAACGGUCACCCCAUAGUGGUAGUAGUAAUAAUAAUAGUAGCCAUUGUAAUAGCAAA